UGGUUCGCCGAUCCAUUUUGUUAUUCGGUUAUUAACAAAUAAGGCAGCCCUAUGACGCACACGUUUGAACGGCUGCGAUCCAUCUGAACGCGGAUACUACGGUUGCCGAUUUUCUUUCGGAUAAUCUUCUGUGCAGCUUGAUCGGAAAUCGAGCCGAAGAUGCUUGCUUGUUUGGUAAGAAAGCGGAUGAAAUUUUCGGGGAAUUUAGUCCAGACCUGGAAACUCGGCGGCGUGGGAGCGAGCGCAAGGGGUCGGAGAAGGAUGAGCAGCGGAGCGGAAGCGGUGGUGGCGAAGGAGAGGGCGGACUGCGUGGUUAUAGGCGCCGGAGUUUUGGGUUUGGCGGUGGCGCGUGAGCUCAGUCGCCGCGGCAGGGAAGUCCUGGUCUUGGACGCCGCCGCGAGUUUUGGCGCCGCCACCAGCUCCCGCAACAGCGAAGUCGUCCAUGCCGGAAUCUAUUAUCCACCCAACUCCCUCAAGGCCAAAUUCUGUGUGAGAGGGAGGGAAUUGCUGUAUAGGUACUGCUCAGAACAUGGGAUCCCACACAGGAAGAUGGGUAAGCUCAUAGUGGCAACAGGAGCAUCUGAAAUACCAAAACUGGAUCUGUUGAUGCAUCUCGGAACUCAGAACGGGGUCGCGGGCCUCAGGAUGUUGGAGGGUUUCGAAGCCAUGAGAAUGGAACCUCGGCUCCGAUGCGUGAAAGCAUUGCUGUCUCCUGAAUCUGGGAUUCUUGAUACUCAUUCCCUCAUGCUUUCUCUAGUGGGUGAGGCUGAAACCGGCAAGACAACCUUCUCGUAUAACACUACAGUCUUAGGUGGUCGGGUUGAAGGGAAUCAGAUACAUUUGCAUGUUGCCGAAACAAGAUCUCUUGAAUCAUGGAAUGGAGGGGAGUCUUUGUCACAGAUGCAGCAGCUCGAGCUUAUACCUAAUCUCGUUGUUAACUCUGCGGGUUUAGCUGCACAAGCUCUCACAAAGAGAUUCCAUGGCAUCAACCAUCGUGUCAUUCCUCCCUCCCAUUAUGCCCGUGGCUGCUACUUCAUGCUCUCGGGCUCCAGAGGUCCUCCUUUCGACCACCUUGUGUAUCCCAUUCCCGAGGAAGGUGGUCUCGGUGUCCAUUUCACGGUAGAUUUGACCGGACAGGUCAAGUUUGGACCUGAUGUAGAGUGGAUUGAUGGUGUAGACGAUAUAUCGAGCUUCCUUAACAGAUUUGAUUAUGUUGUAAAUCCGAAACGGGCAGAGAAAUUCUACCCAGAAAUCAGAAAGUACUAUCCCGAGCUCAAAGAUGAAUCGCUGGAGCCAGGUUAUUCGGGUAUCCGGCCGAAACUUUCCGGUCCAAAACAGCCUCCAGCAGAUUUUGUCAUACAGGGAGGGGAAAGUCAUGGGGUUCAUGGGCUUGUUAAUCUCUUUGGAAUCGAAUCACCGGGCUUCACUUCGAGCUUGGCUAUUGCAGAACAUAUAGCCACCAGAUUCUUGAAAUGAUUCUGCCUUCUACAACAUCAACUUAAAAACUCUGAAAACUUGUUGUCUGAAACGAUUUUUUUUUUUUGUGUGUGUGUUGCAUCAUAUGAUUGUGUCAGUCAAUGUACUACUACACUUUGUGAAAAUCUCAUCAAUGAUCAAAGGCAAGAAAGUUUGCGACA